AUGUGGGCGCGCGCGGUCCUGUCCUGCGCGGUGCUGUGCGCUUGCGCUCGCGCCUGGCCCGGCGGCGCCGUGUGCGCGCGGCGGUUAGAGGGGGCGGGCGGCGCGCGCUACGUGUCCUUCCUGGGAGGCGGGGGCGGCCCCGGUCCCUCCGCGCUGCUGGAGAGCGCUUGGGACGCGCGCGGCCGCCUCCGCGCCUGCUGGGCACGGCGGGACCCGCGCCUGGCGCGCGCCUUCCGCGCCGCUUGCGCCCGCUCCCCCAGUCCCGACGCAGGGGCCGCCCUGCGCCGGGACCUGGACGCGCUUUGGCGGCGGCGCGCAGCCUGCGACAGCCCCACCCCCUCGGGGAGGCGCUCCCGCAGACCGCGGGGCUGGACCGUGCCGGGCACCCUCUGGUGCGGCGCCGGAGACUCGGCGGGGCACGCCGGAGAGCUGGGUCUCUUCCGCGGCCCCGACCGGUGCUGCCGGGAGCACGACCAGUGCUCUGCUCAGAUCGCUGCGCUACAGUUCAGCUACGGUAUCCGCAACUACCGCCUGCACACCGUGUCCCACUGCGACUGCGACGCCAGAUUCCGGCAGUGCCUCUUAGCCCUCAACGACACCAUCUCUGACAUCAUCGGCGUCACCUUUUUCGACCUGUUGGAGGUGCCGUGCUUCGUGCUGGAGGAGAGCGAGCAGUGCGUGCAGUGGCACUGGUGGGGAGGGUGUGAGCGGUACGGGGUGGUGCCCCUGGCCAGGAUGGUGCAGCAGAGUCAGUACCACUACAGCCUGCCCGCCGAGGGGCCGAGCAGUCCUGCGGUGCAGCCCCCGGGCAAGGGGAAGAAGCGAUCCAGAGUAGGGCGCAAGCGGCUCCGACAGGGACUGGGGCAAAAUCCCGGACGUCACCAGAGUCCUGCAUCAGCCCAGCAGACACUGGGCUUGGGUACCGUGUCCCCUGCGCCCACCAGGGACGAGGCUGAGCCCACGAGCAGCCACUCAGCAGCUCAGAGGGCGCUGGAACCCGGCCCACCAACAGUCAUGACUUUGUUGGGACAGGACCUAGGGGCUGGGGGCUCGGCACCUUCUGCCUGCACAGCCUGUCCUGGCAACGGCAUGACUGGACCCAGCCAGGCCACUGAGCAGAGCAGAGCCACCCCUAUGCCUGCCAUGGAGAAGGGCAGGCGGGAGGGCCCGGGCAGGGUGUGCAGGGGCUACAAGCGCCUGGAUCAGUGUGAGCACCAGAUUGCACCCCAUGAGGUAAAGUACCAACUGCACAACGCGGGCACCCAGACGCUCUUCCACUGCAACUGUACUCGCAGGCUGGUGAGAUUCCUGCGCAGGGUGAGGGCUAUCAGUGAUGUGGAGGUGGCUGACCUGGCUCAUCGCAUUGCUAUGGACUGCUUUGUGCUGGAACUGUCCACUGACUGCCGCCUGGACAAGGGCUCACAGCACAAGCUUGGCAUGAAGAUGGCUUUGGAAGUGUUUUCCUCCACUGUCCUCUGUAGCACAGCAACUCAAGCUGUGCUAGUACCUACACAGCAUCUCAAAAAGACCCUGAGACGCCAGGGUCUUCUGCAUGUGACCUCCAAGACUGAACAUUCACACUGGAAAACACAGGACAGUGGUGCUACCCUCUAUGAGCAAUGCCUGCAGCUGGCCUUGGAGCAGAAGUCAGGCACUUGGCACCACACACUGCCCUGAUGAAGGAUUGCCUCACUUCAA